GCCGGGCCUUGUAGUUCUCUCGGGUGUUGUGGGUUCCGCCCCAGGAUGUGAGGUGCAGUUGUCCAGCUUUUGCCAAAGCGGAAACACUUCGGGUCCUGAGGCCGGUGUAGAUCUGUUUCACCCGUCAGCUUCUGUUUUACAAAAGGUCACAACCAUGUCGGACAAAAGUGAAUUAAAAGCUGAGUUGGAACGUAAGAAGCAGCGGUUGGCCCAAAUCAGAGAAGAAAAGAAGAGAAAAGAAGAGGAAAGGAAAAAAAAGGAAACUGAUCAGAAGAAGGAAGCUGCUGUUGCUGUGCAGGAAGAAUCCGAUCUUGAGAAGAAGAGAAGAGAAGCUGAGGCAUUGCUUCAAAGCAUGGGGCUGACUACAGAUUCCCCCAUUGACAUGAGAGAAAGGUGGAGAAAGAAAGUUUUUUCUGAGUACUGGGUUCCUCCUCCUAUGUCUCCAUCGUCCAAAUCUGUGAGCACGCCAAGUGAAGCUGGAAGCCAAGAUUCUGGAGAUGGCGCCGUGGGAUCUAGGACGCUGCACUGGGAUACAGAUCCGUCAGUUCUUCAGCUUCACUCAGAUUCCGAUUUGGGACGAGGACCUAUUAAACUUGGAAUGGCCAAAAUUACUCAAGUUGACUUUCCCCCUCGAGAAAUCGUCACAUAUACGAAGGAGACUCAGACCCCCGUUGCAGCUCAACCCAAAGAAGAUGAGGAGGAGGAAGAUGACGUAACAACUCCUAAACCUCCUGUUGAGCCUGAAGAAGAGAAAGCCUUAACAAAAGACGAAGAGAGUGAUAGCACAGCUCCCCCUCAUGAACUAACAGAAGAAGAAAAGCAACAAAUUUUACACUCAGAGGAAUUUCUAAGUUUCUUUGACCAUUCUACAAGAAUUGUAGAAAGAGCCCUUUCUGAGCAGAUUAACAUCUUCUUUGACUACAGUGGGAGAGAUUUGGAAGACAAAGAAGGAGAGAUUCAAGCAGGUGCUAAGCUAUCAUUAAAUCGACAGUUUUUUGAUGAGCGUUGGUCAAAGCAUCGGGUUGUUAGCUGUUUGGAUUGGUCAUCCCAGUAUCCAGAGUUGCUUGUGGCUUCCUAUAAUAACAAUGAAGAGGCUCCGCAUGAGCCUGAUGGUGUGGCCCUUGUGUGGAAUAUGAAGUACAAAAAGACUACCCCGGAGUAUGUGUUCCACUGCCAGUCAGCUGUAAUGUCUGCUACAUUUGCAAAAUUUCAUCCGAAUCUUGUCGUUGGUGGUACAUAUUCAGGCCAAAUUGUGCUUUGGGAUAACCGCAGCAAUAAAAGAACUCCCGUGCAGAGAACUCCGCUGUCAGCUGCUGCACACACACACCCUGUCUACUGUGUGAAUGUUGUUGGAACACAAAAUGCCCAUAACCUGAUUAGCAUCUCUACCGAUGGGAAAAUUUGCUCCUGGAGCUUGGAUAUGCUCUCCCACCCGCAGGAUAGCAUGGAGUUGGUUCAUAAACAGUCAAAGGCAGUAGCUGUGACAUCUAUGUCCUUCCCUGUUGGAGAUGUCAACAACUUUGUUGUGGGCAGUGAGGAAGGUUCUGUAUAUACAGCGUGCCGCCAUGGCAGCAAAGCUGGAAUCAGUGAGAUGUUUGAGGGACAUCAGGGACCCAUCACUGGAAUCCACUGUCAUGCGGCUGUUGGAGCAGUAGACUUCUCACAUCUGUUUGUCACCUCGUCAUUUGACUGGACAGUAAAACUUUGGACAACUAAGAAUAACAAGCCCUUGUACGCGUUUGAAGAUAACUCAGACUAUGUUUAUGAUGUUAUGUGGUCACCCACCCACCCAGCCCUGUUUGCCUGUGUGGACGGCAUGGGGAGACUGGAUCUGUGGAAUCUCAACAAUGACACAGAGGUACCUACUGCCAGCAUCUCUGUGGAAGGAAACCCUGCUCUUAACCGUGUGAGAUGGACUCACUCCGGAAGAGAGAUUGCCGUGGGCGAUUCUGAAGGACAGAUUGUCAUCUAUGAUGUGGGAGAGCAGAUCGCUGUUCCCCGCAAUGAUGAAUGGGCAAGAUUUGGCCGAACACUUGCAGAAAUUAACGCAAAUCGAGCUGAUGCAGAGGAGGAGGCAGCUGCUCGAAUCCCUGCCUAGCCCUGAACAGUGGACUGUAUGCAACCUUAGCAGAUGUGGCAAAGAUGAUGAAGUAGAUCCUAAACUAUUUGCAUGCUUCUGAUUAAAUGAGUAUUAAAAGGAAACUCCCUGGAUGAACUGGGUUCACUACAGGAAGCAAAGCUUACAGUGCCCCUUUUAUAUUCAUUUUGUUUGGAUUGGUGUUGUUUUUAAUACUGCUGACAACUUUACAGAAUGCAGCCUUUUCUGGAUUCUAACACAUAGCUAUAUAUUGUUAAUUAUUCUUAUGGGUUCUUUUCAACUUGUAAUACUAUAUAUAAUUAUUACUAAAGCACAGACUAGAUAAGUUCUGCAUAUCUCUAAAUAACCAUGAUUCCUUAUUAUGCAGUACAGUACACAGUUCCUCGUGCGUAAUGUUCUCACUGCCUUCACUGUGUGGGAACAUUACCCUUUCUCCCAGCAUGCAUUCACCUACCUGUUCCAAGUUUCAUUUGAUGCCCUUUUCCUUCUCUAUAGUUCUAUGGUAGUUAUCUAUAAAUAAAAACAAAUAUGUGUUAACUUUUCAAAUUUUCA